AUGUUCAUCGUUUUUUUUCUCGUUUUCUCGUUUUUGACCGCAUCACUGACCGAGUCUGACAAAGCUAUUGUACUAAAGAAUGAUGGCACCCGGGUUAUUGUUGGUAUUGGCAAGACAAUGAGACUGAGAGCGCAAAAAUUACCCGAAAAUAGUGAUGAGGAUGGUGUUUUCAAAUUUAUUGAGGCUCCGAACGGAUACUUUAUCAAGUUUAAAAACGGAUUUCUGUGCAAGAAUAAGAAAGGUGAUGCCGGUGUCGUAGGGUGCAAAUCGGAAGAAAGUAAGUACGCCGUCUGGAAGGUAAAUAUGGCUGGUGAGUCUGGUGCCCAGAUAGAGACUGCCGGUAACUUAUGUCUUUUGCCAACAGGUCUUGACAAUAGAGAAAAAACCAAGGGACGGUAUCUGCAGGCGAAACCGUGCACGGAUGAAACUUAUCUUUGGGAAAUAGUUGACUUAAAGUAUUCUAAAGAGGAGCCAGUUGUUAGUUCGGGUGUUGUUAUGGAGGGCAACACAGAUUGGGAUAACGUUGCGCUUGAACGAAUAAGGCAUCAGAUGUACGAUGCACCCGGUAUGAUUGUUGAUGCUGUUCCAAAUGUCGGUCAUCGAUUGAUACCACACGGACCUCCCGACAUUUUUCCUUUUGGUGGAUAUCCGCAUGCUGAUUUCCCCAACUCCCGUAAUAUUUGA